GCCGCAAUACGUAACAGAAUCCCUUAUUAAUAUCUCUGCUCUCUCUUCUCAUUCUUCAACGUACUACAAUUACUGUGGCUACAUAUACAUACUUACAAACAAAGCACCGCCGCCCCAUAAAACGACACUCCACGCUUCUCAAUGGCGUCGUCGACGUUCGAGCUUGAGUCCGGCGCCGUCGACGAAAACGACGACGUUUCGCCGAUCGAAGAGGUCCGCCUAACAGUCUCGAACGACGACGACCCGAGCCUUCCGGUGUGGACGUUCCGAAUGUGGUCGUUGGGGCUCGUCUCCUGCGUCCUCCUCUCCUUCCUCAACACCUUCUUCAUGUACCGCACCGAGCCCCUCGUCAUCUCCAUGAUCUCCGUACAGGUGGCCACCCUCCCCAUCGGACGGUUCAUGGAGCGGGUCCUCCCCACGACGCCGUUUCGCCUCCCCGGCCUCGGCAAGGUGUCGCUCAACCCCGGGCCGUUCAACACGAAGGAACACGUGCUUAUUUCAAUUUUUGCCAACGCCGGCGCGGCGUUUGGCGGCGGUGCCGCCUACGCCAUUAGUAUUGUGGAUAUCAUAAAGGCGUUUUAUCUGAGGAAUAUCUCGUUUUGGGCUAGUUGGGUUCUUGUCAUUACCACUCAGGUAUUGGGGUAUGGAUGGGCUGGGAUUCUGAGGAAGUACGUGGUGGAUCCGGCGCAGAUGUGGUGGCCUAGUAGUCUGGUUCAAGUCUCUUUGUUCAGGGCGCUGCAUGAGAAAGACAAUGACCGCAUGUCACGAGGGAAAUUCUUCUUAAUAGCACUAGUUUGCAGCUUCUCGUGGUAUGUUGUCCCAGGUUACCUUUUCCCAACUCUGUCGACCAUUUCAUGGGUUUGCUGGUUAUACCCAAAAUCAGUCACAGCACAACAGAUCGGAUCAGGCAUGAGAGGGCUCGGGAUAGGUUCCCUUUCGCUCGACUGGUCCGUCAUUGCAUCCUACCUCGGCAGCCCUCUCAUCAGCCCCUUCUUUGCAAUCGUCAACGUCGCCUUCGGCUACAUCAUAACCAUGUUCAUUAUGCUCCCCAUUGCCUAUUGGGGUGUCAACCUUUAUAAUGCCAAGAACUUCCCCAUCUUUUCCUCUCACUUGUUUGAUGCUCAUGGACAGAUAUAUAAUGUCUCAGCUAUUGUUAAUAAUCAAUUUGAGAUUGAUCAAGAGGCGUAUCAGAGGCAAGGACGAAUUAAUCUCAGUGUCUUUUUUUCUCUCUCGUAUGGAAUUGGUUUUGCAGCCAUUGUGUCAACUCUCACACAUGUUGCCCUUUUCAAUGGAAGGGAGAUUUACACACAAUUCCGGGCUUCUUACAAUACAAAGGAAGAUAUACACACGAGGCUGAUGAAGAAGUACAGAGACAUUCCCAGCUGGUGGUUCCAUUCGAUGCUUGUGGUAUCAAUCAUACUAUCACUUGCCUUGUGCAUCUUCAAGAAAGAUGAGAUUCAAAUGCCAUGGUGGGGACUCAUUUUUGCAGCAGGGCUUGCUCUCACUUUUACUCUCCCAGUCAGCGUUAUAACUGCGACUACAAACCAGACGCCAGGACUAAACAUCAUCACAGAAUACAUAAUGGGGGUCAUAUUGCCAGGAAAACCAAUAGCUAAUGUGUGCUUCAAGACGUACGGAUAUAUAAGCAUGGCUCAAGCUGUUUCCUUUCUCAACGAUUUCAAGCUCGGCCAUUACAUGAAGAUCCCUCCUAUUUCCAUGUUUGUUGUGCAGUGCGUUGGAACCAUCAUAGCCGGAACAGUCAAUAUUGGAGUGGCGUGGUGGCUGCUUCACACGGUUGAAAACAUAUGCCAGGACCAACUCCUUCCACCCAACAGCCCCUGGACAUGUCCCGGAGACCGUGUCUUCUUCGAUGCGUCGGUGAUUUGGGGUCUCGUGGGACCGAAAAGAAUCUUUGGCUCCGAAGGAAACUACUCCCAGCUCAACUGGUUCUUCCUCAUAGGGGUUAUGGGGCCUUUGUUAGUGUGGUUGCUACACAAGGCCUUCCCAUCCCAGAAAUGGAUCAAAUUCGUCAAUCUCCCUGUUCUAUUCGGAGCAACAGCAGUGAUGCCGCCUGCCACGACCGUGAACUUCAACUGCUGGAUAAUCGUGGGGACGGUGUUCAACUUCUUUGUGUUUCGGUACAGAAAGCAAUGGUGGCAGAAGUACAACUAUGUGCUCUCGGCGGCUUUGGAUGCAGGGUUGGCCUUCAUGGGGGUGGUUCUCUACUUCACUCUGACAAUGGAGGAUAGGAGUUUGUCAUGGUGGGGUGCGGAUGGUGAGCACUGUGAAUUGGCUACUUGUCCUACGGCCAAAGGCAUCGUCGUUGAUGGAUGUCCUGUGUUUUGAUUCAUCCAUGUUUUCGGUUGUGUACUUGUGUAUGCCUAUAUCUGAUAUUAGAAGGGCGUAAUUUGUAGAUAUGCUAUAUUUUUAGUUUCACAUCAAACCUUU